AUGAAACCACCCCUUGCUCUGGCCUUCCUUUGCCUCCUGGCAUCCCUGGCUAGCGGGAACCUGGUCCAGUUUGGAGUGAUGAUCGAGAAAAUGACGGGGAAGUCCGCGCUGCAGUACAAUGACUACGGCUGCUACUGUGGUGUAGGGGGCUCCAACUGGCCAGUGGACCAGACUGAUUGGUGCUGCCACGCCCAUGACUGUUGCUAUGGACGUGUGGAGAAGCUGGGCUGUGAGCCCAAGCUGGAAAAGUACCUCUUCGCUAUUGGUCGAGACACCAUCUUCUGUGCUGGUAGAACGACUUGCCAGCGGCAGACCUGUGAAUGUGACAAACGGGCUGCACUCUGCUUCCGCCACAACCUGGGCACAUAUAACCGCAAGUAUGCCCACUACCCCAACAAGCUGUGCACCGGGCCCACCCCACCCUGCUGA